AUGCGCGUCACAUCAAUGCUUGAACGACUGCAAGACCAGUCAGCAUCGGAUAGACUGCAUCUCCAACAAAGUCUGGUUGAGUUCGGCGAAGCAGCCGACGAAGACAACGACGUCCAAGAUGCCAACAACCCAUUAAUGGACAAGGUCAUUGAAGAGGCUGGCGAUGAAGCGUUCCGUGUGCUGACAAACUUCACACCGAGCGAAUUCGACAUCAUCUGGGCCAACGUGGAGCGUGCAAUGAAUUCGAAGUGGUUUGAAGGUCGAGGAAGAAAGUCCAAGAUGACACCCAAGGAUGACCUCCAUAUUACCUUGACUGUUCUCAAGCACUACCAGUCCUCGGAGAAGCAUGCCGUCGAUUUCAACCUGAAAGCGCCAACGUUGGAGAAGAUCGUCGUCAAAGUUGUGGAAUUGUGCUCACCGAUCCUGUACAACACGUUCGUGACAAUGCCGACGAUGACGAGCCUGGGCCGGAAGUUUGUGCACUACCCGUACGCGUUGUACGCGACGGACGUCAAGUUCCAGCCUCCCCACCGGCCAUCCGGAAGGUUCGGGGAGCAGAUGCACUAUUUCAGCGGCAAACAUAAGCUGUAA